UACGCGCUGACGUCACCGUGUUUUUCGGAGAGGACGUUCUUCCGUUAACUCGACGGUUUUCUGACAGCGCUCCGAACACCGGAGACCGGUCUGGGAUUAAGUGGUUUAUGGCCGUGAUGUCGGCACGGGAUUAAAAUAACGCCAUCGUGAAGCAACAACACACACACACACACCAUGUGGUGGUUCCAGCAGGGUCUGUGCUUCCUGCCCGCGGCGCUGGUCGUGUGGACCGCGGCGUCCUUUGUCUUCGCCUACAUCACAGCGGUGGUGCUGAGACAUGUGGAUCCCCUGGUGCCCUACAUCAGCGACACAGGAACGACGGCCCCAGAGAGGUGUGUGUUCGGCAUCAUGCUGGAUGUGUCUGCCUUUUUAGGUAUAGCCACGGUGUACGUGCGCUACAAACAGGUGGAGGCUCUGACGGGUGAAGCUGAGCUCCGGCUGAACCGGCUCAACCGUUUCGGGCUGCUGCUCGGCCUGGUCAGCUCCUUCGGGAUGGCCGUGGUCGCUAACUUCCAGAAGACCACGCUGUUCUCCAUGCACCUGGUGGGGGCGGUGCUGACCUUUGGGGUGGGGGCUCUCUACAUCCUGGUCCAGACGGUGCUCUCGUUCCACAUGCAGCCUCACGUCCACAGCAGGACAACCUACCUGGUCCGGCUCGGCGUGUGCCUCUGGACCUUCGGCAGCAUCAUCAGCAUGUUCGUGUCCUCCGUCAUCAUGUACAGCAGUCUGCCCGGAGUGGACGUCCCCCACAAGCUGCACUGGAUCCCCGGGGAGACGGGUUACACGCCUCACAUGAUCAGCACAGUGUCUGAAUGGUCUCUGGCCUUCGCCUUCAUCAGCUUCUUCCUCACCUACAUCAGAGACUUCCAGAAAAUAAAUCUGCGAGCCGAAGCCGAUCUGCAGAGCAGCCACCUGUACGACAGCUGGCCGCACGCCGCGGCGCCGCCUCACGAGGGCGACGGCGCCGAGUCGUCUCCUCUUCUCUCCGGAGGGACGUGACCGGCUGCACAGCUUCCAACUUUUUCUAAGCAUGUUUUCAAAAGGUUUUUUUGUAUAAAGACUCUUUAAAGCCGCAGGCUUGUAAAGGGUCAGUUCACCCCAAAAACCCCAUCCGGCUGGGAUCCAUCCAGUCACAAAAAUAAUGGCGUUCAUUUAGUAGUAAAUUGAUUGCUAAUGAAAUAGUGAGAUUUUAUUUUUGGCAGCACUUAAACCUGACAAAGCUUGACUAAACAGACAGUAUCUGACCUUUUGUAUAUUGGGGUGAAAUGGCCCUUUUUGAAGCCUUGUGCUUUUCUCUCUGUGACUCACUGCACUUAAUGUCACUUUUAUUAGAACGCUCCCACUGCUUAACUUAAUCAUAAGUUAUAGCGGCUGCUCCUGAAGCCCGCUCAUUACUGAACGUUUUCUUUUAUUUUAUACAAGUAUGUUUUCAGUAAAUAACACUGAAUGAGAAUAAUAAUGCUGACGCCUUUUUCAUGAUUCUUCACGUGCUGCGUGAACUGAAAUGAUGUGCACCAUUGGAAUCAGUUUAUAUUUUGAAUGUUUAAUCGUUUGAAAAUGUUAGAGUAACUUUAUUCGGUUUGUAUUUGAAUAAUACAUAGUCAAAUGAAUUAAACACCCGUAAACUUCCCAAUUCAUUAUUUUAAUUGUCUGUUUUUUAAAUAAACAACUGCAU